CUGGUGUUUGUUCAGACCCUCCCAGUCACAUGGAGGAGGAAGGGGGAGGGGCUGAAGGGUUUCAGGAAUGCUUCAGUCAGUGCUUCAGUCAGCGGGUGAGAAGAAGCUCUGAUUGUUCCUCCUCUGCUACAGAAACUAUUGUUUAAAAGUUCUCACUGUCUGUCAGCUGAAGAAGGCCAGGAAGGAGGAAUCACUCAAAGUGAGGAUUUGUGAAGAUGGAAAAAGGAUACCAACCUCAGGACUCAGCUCCACCAUACCCAGGCCCACCGAUGAACUACGGCGGGGCUGUGCCUCCGCCACAGCCAGGGGUGUCCCCUCAGCCUGGAUUCUACCCUCCUCCUCCUGGAGGAUACCAGGGAGGUGGUCCUUAUGCUCCUGCUGCACCAACAACAACAGUGAGUCACGUGGUGGUAUCACCGUCUCUUCAUGACACUCCGGGACAGGCCAUGUGCCCACACUGCCAGCAGAUGGUGAUCACAGAGACAAAUCCCAAGACGGGCCUCUUGACCUGGGCCAUCUGUGGCGGCCUCACCCUAUUUGGGUGUUUUCUCUGCUGCUGGAUCCCGUUCUGCAUUGAUUCCUGUCAAGACGUGGAGCAUAGCUGCCCUAAAUGCCACAGAGUCAUCCACAUAUAUAAGAGGAUGUAAAGAUGGUGGCUGAACCUCUUCAGCAUAUAACUGCCAUAUUUGUUUUAAAACACAAUGACACAAAUUGCACUUAUGUAAUGAAGCCUCACACUGUGGGGGGUUUACUUUGGCAUCCAGUGGAAAAAUUUUAUUUGUAUGUAACCAAAAAACAACAAUGAAAUGUAAAAAAACAAAUAAAUUAGAACUACUGUUGGGCA